AUGGGCUAUGGGCUGUGUGCUCUCUCAGAACUCGUGCAAAGAAGUGCUUCGUCCCUUCUCGCAGCUAUGGAGCUUAUCCUGCAGUCCUGGAAUGCUCUUUACUUCCUCGUGUUUCUACUCUCUUUGUGGCUGAUCUCCCGCAAGUUCUACAAACCAUCCACGAUCAAACUCCCACCGGGAAGCCAUGGCUGGCCCCUUGUCGGAGAAUCUCUCUCUUUCUUUCGGGAAUCCCCUCUAGACUUCCUCACUACUCGACGCAAGAGAUUUGGAGGUGUUUUCUCAAGUAACUUGCUUGGAUCUCCUACCAUCGUCGCUACAACGGUUGAGGCGGCCAAGUUCUUCCUCAGCUGCGCUGACUGUGGCCCCUCGGGCUUGUUUAGACGAUUGAUUGGGCCGAAAAUUAUUUCCGAAACCAUCGGGAGUGAGCAUGCGCUCUACCGGAGAAUUGUGCUGGGGAUGAUGGUUCCAGAGACGCUCAAGCACCAUGUGGAGACGAUUGAUAACUUGGCUCAGGAGAUUCUGGAGUCGUGGGGGUCGAAGAAGACGGUAACGGUGAUGGAAGAAACUCUCAAGUUUAGCUAUUGCGCGGUGAUUGGAUUCGUGUGCCAGAAACUCCUGCCUUCCACUCCGGAGAUGAUCGAUCUCAUGCGAGACGUCCAAGCCUUGGUGACAGGAAUGCUCCAGUUUCCAAUCGACAUACCCUUCACACCUUAUCGCAAAGCAUUGCAGGCCAGGGCGAGGCUCCACACGUUCUUGGAUGGGCUCAUCAACGAGAGAAGGGCGCUAUUAGGUGCCAAGGGCGAGAGGCACAAAGACGCGCUGGACGAGUUCAUCAUGCACAAAGAUGACAAGGUUGGAAUCCUCUCAAAUCAACAAGUGGAAGACAAUCUCACGGCACUGCUGUUGGGAGGCCACGAUACCACAGCUCUUGCUCUUUUGUGGCUGAUCAAGUACUUACAUGAGAACCCACAAGCUUUCAGGGAAGUAGAGGAGGAGCAAAGGAGAAUCUUUGUCAAGAAAGGCUCCAGAAAGUAUAAGCUAACUUGGGAAGACACAAAACAGAUGUUAGCCACUUUAAGGGCUGUCGAUGAGACUCUGAGGCUUUCUAAUAUUGUUGGGAUGGUAACACGUAAAAUCACCAAGGACAUCAGCUACAAUGGUUAUACCUUGCCCAAGGAUUGGCAGGUUCAAGUUCAUAUGUCAGCAAUCCAUUUAGAUGAGAGUAUUUACCCCAAUGCAACAAAAUUUGAUCCAUCCAGAUUUGAAGUCCCAGCUAAAACUGGCACAUUUAUUCCAUUUAGCUAUGGACAGAGGAUAUGCCCAGGAAGUGCACUUGUUAAGUUAGAGCUAUGCGUUUUCAUACACAGGCUUAUCACAAAAUACAGAUGGGAGCCAGUGAAUCCGACUAGUACAAUAAGCUACUGGCCAAUGCCCAGAGUGAAAGAUGGAUACCUCAUACGAGCUAUGUCCAUCCACCUCUGGAAGUGUCUGAGGAGGAGAAUCCCAGCUCCAAUUCUCGAGUCCCCUGUUACUUCUACAGAGAAGCGGCCCGGACGAGCAUCCACACCAAGUCCAGGUUGA